CGCCCUGGGAAUGCUGGCCAGCAGGCCCUUGCCCAGCUCGCAUAUGGUUCCAGUAGGACACACAACAAGGAAAGCAGCUGGCUAGCAGGGCUCUGAGACAAUCACCUACAAAGAAGUUUUCCUACCAUCUCCAGCCAGAUUCAUCAUGUCAUACUAUCCACACUUCAGCCUCUGGAAAGUUUUCCAGGAUGCUUUUGAAAUAUAUAGAUUAGCUGAGGAGGAGGAGGAGGAGGAGGAAGAAAUGGAAGAGAAGGAGGUGGAGGAAGAAGAGGAAGAAACGGAAGAGGAUGAGGAGGAAGAGGAAGAAAUGGAAGAGGAGGAGGAGGAAGAGGAGGAGGAGGAAGAGGAAGAAGAGGAGGAAGAGGAUGAAAAGGAAGAGGAGGACGACGAAGAUGAGGCCGAGGAGGCAGGGGCAGCCACUUAUAGCGACAGCAUCUUGUCUACAUCAUCUGCCUCUUUAAGAUUCACUUUGCCCUCCUUCUGUGCUUCCUCACCUUCCGCUUCCUUAUCACAUCCUCUGUUUUGGAGCAAUCCUGAUGAGGCAGAAGAGUCUGCUACCUGAAUGCUGAGUAUUUCACAGAGUUACCAGAGCUCUUACUCCUUUACUUCAUAUAUCAACUUAGUUGAAGAAUAUGGCAGCCCAGAAAAAGAGCUUUUAAACACUUCGAAGUUGACAGACGAAGUUUCCGCAUGGCAAAAUCUCAAAAAGCAAAAGGUCACUGAACUGGUGAAUCUCCUGCUCCUGAAAUAUAGAAUGAAAGAACCUAUCCAGGAAAUGGAAAUGCUCGGGUUUCUCACCAAAGACCACAAGAAACAAUUCCCUGCCAUCUUUGAGGAAGCUGCUAAGUGCUUAGAGAUGAUUUUUGGCGUUGAUAUAAAGGAAGAUGAUCCUGUAAGCAGCUCUUACGUGCUUACCAACACACUAAAUCUCACAUAUGAUGACAACAACAGGAGGUUGCCUAGAAAUGUCUUCCUGAUAGUUAUUCUGGGUGUAAUAUUCAUAGAGGGGGACUGUGCCUCUGAAGAAAGCAUGUGGGAAUUCCUGAAUAUGUUAGGAAUAUAUGAUGGGAAGGAGCAUUUCAUUUAUGGGGAGCCCAGGGAGUUCCUCACUAGAGAUUUAGUGCAGCAAAAUUAUCUGAAAUAUAGGCAGGUGCCCGAGAGUUAUCCUCCACGUUAUGUGUUCCUGUGGGGUCCAAGAGCCUACUCUGAAACCACCAAGAUGAAAGUUCUUGAAUUUUUGACCAAAUUUACAAGGAGGGAACCAAUGUAUUUCUCAUCUUUAUAUAAUCAGGCAUUGAGAGAUGAGGGCUCCAGAAAUGGCCCCAUGGAGGAUUAGUACCAUUUUGAUAACAACAUGGGGCAACCCAAUUACUGAUUUUAAAAGGGACAGUCAAAAUUUUAA